UGCCCCCUAUGCGCUUGUCAAGUAGAGGUACGAAAUUAUUCCAAGUCUGGAUGGACCAUGUGCUGGAAGCUGCCGAUACUACACGAAGCAAGAUAACCUUGUUGGAGGUUACUCCAUGACAAAUUGUUGCAUCGAAAAAGGUUAUAUACAAUGGAUCCCUUGAAAUAUCCUUCAUCAACAUGCCUGAUUUGCAAGAAGGAAGAUGAAGAUGAAUACAACUUUGUCGUCGAUUGCCAAGUGAAAUGGGAAGCAUGGCAAAAAGGGUUGGACUUAGUCCAGUACCCCUCAUCGAACAUGAAGCCACUGGAUGUCUGGCAAAUAUUAUUACUUCAGGUUAGUACAACAGUUAGCACAGGGAAGCGUCACCCUUUAGUUAGCAUGAGCUCUUUAUGGGCAGCCAUAUGGAAAAGCCAUUGGUUUUGCACAAUGGAGCAACAACCAUGGUCUUUGCAGAUGUGCUUACAAACCAUUAGAUCCAAAGAUUUUUUGUCAAAAACAUACUGAAAGACUCUCAUAACGUUUCGACAGUAUAUUUUGUUCCCUAAGUACCAAUAAAUUCCUUGACUACAAAAAAAAAAAAAAAAAACCACAAAUGGAA